AUGAAACAACCGCCUGGGUAUGAAGAUCCCGCGCAUCCCGACCAUGUUUGCCAUCUGCAACGAUCUCUUUACGGGUUGAAGCAAGCUCCGCGGGCCUGGUUCAAACGUCUCCACGACUUCUUAUUAUCUGCAGGUUUCUCGGCAUCCAAAACCGAUGUGUCCCUGUUUCACUACUCGGCUCACACCUCCCGAGUGUUUCUCCUAGUAUAUGUGGACGACAUCAUCAUGAUCGGCAACGACGCUACGUUGGUUGACUCAUUGCUCCAACGACUGUCUUCCACUUUCAAAAUUCGAGACCUUGGCACACCAAGUUUCUUUUUGGGGAUUGAGACACUCACGGUGUCUGACGGCAUUCUACUCUCUCAGCGUCGUUACAUGGAGGAUAUAUUACACAGGGCCGGGAUGACCGAUUGCAAACCUCUUGCCACUCCGGCAGCGAUCACUCAAACUGUGUCGCCGACAACGACGUUGUUUGAUAAUCCCACGCAAUAUCGGCGUCUCGCUGGUGCACUCCAGUAUCUCACCAUCACCCGACCCGAUUUGUCUUAUGCCGUGAACCGCCUGUGUCAGUUUAUGCAUGCGCCCACCAAAGAACAUUGGGGUCUCCUCAAACGUGUACUGCGCUAUGUAAAAGGGACUCUAGACUAUGGGUUGAGGUUAACGAAGUCUAUCUCUUACGAUGUCCAUGCCUACUCGGACUCUGACUGGGCUGGGUGCCCCAAUGACCGGAAGUCUACAAGUGGAUACGCGGUCUUCCUCGGCACCAAUCUGAUCUCCUGGGUAUCUAGAAAACAGCGGACCGUUGCGCGCUCUUCGACAGAAGCAGAGUAUAAAGGCUUAGCGGAUGUCGCAGCAGAGGUUACUUGGGUAGUGUCACUUCUUCGUGAACUCGGUCUGCACUCUGGCGCACCAGCCACCCUAUGGUGCGAUAAUCUCGGAGCUACUUAUUUAGCAGCCAAUCCAGUCUUUCACGCCCGCACGAAACAUGUGGAAAUAGAUUUUCACUUUGUUCACGACAAGGUGGCAUCUGGGGAGUUUUUGGUCAACUUCGUCUCUACGAAAGAUCAGCUUGCAGACAUCUUCACGAAGCCGCUUCCAGCUAUUCGGUUCGCGACCCUCAGAGACAAGCUCAAUGUGAUGCCACACACACCUUGUGCUUGA